UUUUUCUUGUUUGCGGUGAAAAAAAAAAAUAAUAAAUAAAUCGGAGCGAAAAUGUUGUACAAAAGCGUUUGCGGAAUCAAUUUAAAUUUAAUUAAGGCUGCAUUAUUUAUCGGCACUUAUGAUAUAUUUGGCACAAUCACGUUAAUUGUACUCGAAAUUGAAUUCUUCUCACAAAUGCAAACUCAACAAAUGGUUUAUCUCUCAUGCUUCUCAAUUGGCAUUAUGGCAGCAAUAUUAUUGAUUCAUGGUGCAUUCAAGCUUAAUCGACAUCUAUUAAUUUAUUGGAUAUGUGUUGCCGUUAUUAGGAUCGUCCUGCAGUCUAUGCUGAUAUUAGAAAUUUUUUAUUAUCACAUAUUGGAAUCAUCGCCUUAUGAAAUUGUCUAUACGACAUUGGAAGUUCUUGACUAUGUGGUUCUCAUCACAAGCUUCUGUCUCGUGAUAAACUUAUACAGGCAGCUAAAAUAUCGAGACCAGAAUUUCUCGAGACUUGAAAAUGAAGUAUGUUGAUGAUUAUCGUGAUGACAUUGAUGAUAACGAUGAUUUAUAGUCAUAAGAUUAUUAACGUUUUAUAAAGAUAAAAAGUAAGGAAUUUGUUUGUAGAUUAAUGUUGUGUGUGUCUAAAGCGCAUUUUCUGGGAAGUCAGUAGCAAUAGCUGAUGACUACAUGCUAGGCGUAGGAUUUAUUUUGGGAUUCGAAUUUUGACAAUAGAAUGGUGAAACUGGUGAAAUUCUUUUAAAGGGUUUUGUUCUUAGUGUCCGCUAAGAUCAAUGGGCAGGGCAACUCCACAAGUAGCUAAUGGAUACCUGAUUUUCAGACCAUCAGCAAAAUUGAUUCGGAUGUAUAUCAAAAGUAAGAAGUUUUAAACACCUGCCGUGGAUAAUUUUAUUAGUAUCAACCCUGCACCCUUCCCUCGUAACAUAAGCCUCAAUAACUGAAAAUCCACUAAAUUAUCAUCAAAAAUAUUCAGACAAUCCAGAUAUUCAAAUUUAUUUCCAUCCAGAAAAUAAGGCGCAAAGCACAAAAAUAACAAUAAGUCAAUUGAAAUUUAUUUUUAAACCCAUGAGUAUUUUUAUAACCGUAUGCAUGUAUUGUAAAUAUCAAAUAAUAAACUCUGAAUGUGUAU